GCCAGCCACGAGGGCAACUGUGACUUCAUGAUCAUCCUCUGUCCUUCCUGUAAAGAGCUCAUGAGAGCCAAUGAGCAGGAACGCCACAAUGAGAGAGAGUGUCCGGAGAGAACGCUCAACUGCAAAUACUGCAAAGAACCCUUCCUGUUAAAGAAUAUCAAGGCUCAUGAUGAGAUCUGUCCAAAGUAUCCAAUGAUUUGUGAAGGUUGUGCGAAGAAAAAGAUCCCCAGAGAAAAGUAUGUGGACCAUAUUAAGUUCUGCAGUAAAUUUAAAGCUCCAUGCAGAUUUCAUGUUGUUGGCUGCGAUACGUCUGUGGAGAAAGAGAAGAUCCAUGACCAUGAGCGCCAGUGUUCGUAUGAACACCUUAACCUGCUUCUGCAUUUCAUCAUGGGCAUCAAGGUGAGCCUGGAGAGCCUGCAACCCCAAAGCCUGGAGGUGGCCAGCCAGAAGCUGCAGGAGCUCCACCAGUCCCUCAGGGAUCUGGAACUCAAGAUGAGCCAGCUGGGUGGGUGUGUUGCAGCUCCUGUGCAGGGAGCAUGUGCCCCGACCCUAACCACAUCCUUCACCCCGCUGCCCAGUGCCAUGGGUGCCGCUUUGGAACUGCAGCUACAGAGUGAAAAAACCAAAGUGGCUGAGCUAAGCCGGCGCUGCCAGGAGCUGGAGCUCAAAGUGAGCACUUUCGAAAACAUUGUCUGCGUCCUCAACCGCGAGAUGGAGCGCUCCUGCACUACCAUGGAGGCCUACAACCGCCAACACAGACUGGAUCAGGACAAGAUUGAAAUCCUCAAUAACAAGGUGUUAAAAUGA